CAAACACCACAGGAAUUAUUGGUAGUUAUAAAUGUUUCCCUCAUGUAGCCUGCUUACAGAAAUUUAGACAUUAAACAAAAAUGUGUCUACACUAUCAACUUCUCCGUUUUUCUGGAUCCUUCUGUGAAUGACUCAGUUUGACCAGACACACAGACGUCGCCACAACAAUGUCAGAAAUAAAGAAAUGUAGGCCACCCAAACUUUCACUUAUCUCUACCUAAAUGGACAGAUCUGGACCCUUUUGAAGCACCCUCCCUUGGCUUGGGUAAAAAAAAUAUACCAGAACUUAUACUACAGUGCAAAGAGUGUCGAGAACAUUAAGAGCAAUGUAAAAAAAAUAAAACUACAUGCAUAUAAACCUCUGCGUUUCUUUUCACAUUUUAUGUAAACCAUAAUGCGUCCGCUAGAUUUCAUUAAAAUUCGCUAGACAAUGUGUGUGUUUUCUCAAAUGCUUCCCCGGAAACGUUGAUCGUUCCAGUCAGAGGUUCCAAGGAAGUCUGGAGACAAAAGCGAAAAUCUUCCUUGUCAUCAACAACAACUGUACAGUUGUACAGUAGAGUUAUUUUUCUUCAAUUUUGACUCACAAAGGUUGAGUGCACCGUCUGUGAUCAGCAUCGCUGAAUAUAAGCCAGCUGUCAUCUUGUAUUUCCGUGGCUUGUUUAUUUUACAUUAGCAUGGCGAGUCGUGGCGAGUAAAAUUGCGUGUUUUAAAUAUCUGUAUCCGUUCUAGACAGCGAUGGAGUCCCUGAAUUUUGAGUCAGAAAUGGAGGCAGACGGGCAAGGCAAUUAUUCCUUGUUUCCAGCUCUGGAUAAUAUGACGAGCCUUUCUGGAACGACCGAGAGUCUAGAUGCUGAAACCUCCAGUGAAGUUACAGACAAACCAAACCUCACUUGGCUUGACGCUGCUCAGAUUGUUCUGGAAGAGGCUGGACGCCCCAUGCACAUCAAGGAGAUCAAACAGCGGAUCAUUGAUCGAGGACUGGUGCAGUCAAAUGCAAAAUCAAGCCUCGAGGCGGUCAUGUAUCGAGAGACUGAUGAAGAAAGACAGCAGGCACUGCAGUCAUUCUCUGCCCAGUCGACCUUCUCAAGUUCAGGCUCUGGGUCAUCCCUGGGUCCCGUACCAUCCCCAACGAGUCACCCUGAGCCAAGACCCAAGGUCAAAAAAGCUCCUCGCAAGAGCCAAAAUGAGAAGUACAGACUGAAAAACAUCCAUCUGCGCAAGGCUGCCCGUAACAUGAUUUUUGAAAAUGCAGCACUAUAUGAUGAAAUUGCUCACCUAGAAGAGAAGUUUGUCCGAGCAAAAGAGGAAAGGAGGUUCCUUCUAAAAUCUUUAUUACAAUAUCAGUCUCUGGGUGAAGGUGAGUCAAUCCCGACACCCAGCUGCAGUAUACAGUCAGCGGCCACUUUAAGUUCCAGCACACCAGGGGGCGCUGUUCUCUCAGGGAGUCACAGCCAGGCAUCUGGGCUCUCGGGACCUGAUGAUCUUUUAAAGAAACCCAAAAAAGAACGAAAAGAGAGAGGAAGGGAAGAAUUUAUGAAGAAGAUUUGUAAGAAGAGGAAGGUCACUGAGGGAGGAGUUCGCAAACUUGUGCAGCCCAUCUCGCUGGACUCCUCCGGCAGGCCUGUCUUUCCCAUUGUGCUCGGUGGACUCACAGUUUACAGCCUAGGGGAGAUCAUCACAGACAGGGCUCUGUUUCACGAUGAGACUGCGAUCUAUCCUGUGGGCUUCUGUAGCACCAGAGUAUUCGCAAGCUUGAAGAACCCUGAUCAGAAGUGCCUCUACACCUGCCAGAUCAAAGACGGCAGCCAAGGACCACAGUUUGAGAUUGCUCCAGAGGAUGACCCACAGAAUGCAAUAGUGGCGUCAUCAGCCCAAACCUGCCACGCAAACCUGCUGAAAGCUAUUGUUUCUCGAAGAGGCAGACCCUUAACCAACAUUGUUCCAUCUGGAGCGGACUUUUUUGGUUUCUCUCACCCCACCAUUCAGAACCUGAUCCAGAGCUGUCCUGGAGCACGCAAGUGCAGCAAUUAUCAGUGGGUGCGUUUUGAGGUAUGUCGGCCAGGUGAUGGACAGGUAGCACACGGCCUGUCUGAAGAUGAUGCAGCUGUGAACUUUGAGUCCUUCCAGCGAUUGCAAAGCUGUGAAGAGAUCCUGACCAAUCAGAACCUCGCAUCAGAACAGAGCGGAACAGGCCGAACUCAACAGCCUAAUGUGUCAUCUCACCUGCUGAGCUCGACAGUCCUACAGACCAGUGCUGUCACAGCUCUCUCCAACACCUGAACACAACCAAACAUACUAGGACAGCCUUUCAUAUUCGUUUGUAAUGUGGAACUUUGCAGUAUGCCAAAUGAGAACUUUACUAUUUGGAUGAUUUUCUGCAUGUAUAGAGAAAUCGCAGUCUGUUGAGAAUUGUGUGAAUUAAAUGAAACACUCAAAAGCUUCAAAAGGUUCUUGGAAGUCAUGGAAGAACUUUUUUGUUCCAUAUAUAACCUUCAACAUUUGAAGAACAUAUUCGUUGUGGCGAAUAAAGGUUCUUCGGAUUAUAAAAAGUAGGAAAGAGAUGGUUCUUUGUGGAACUAGGAUGGGUCUUUUAUGGCAUCCCUGUGAAGAACCAUCAUUUUUAAGAGUCUCAUUCUCUAUUGAUAUGUGCUGUAUUUUUUUAAAGUGUGAUUAUUAUAUGUCUGCAAAUCGCUGUAAAAGACUUUUGAUAAAAGUUAAAUAAAUAAUAAAACUAAGUUGUAAGUACA